UCUGCGGUGUUGACAAACGUGACGUCACUCCGCGGUGUCGUUAGGUGGGGCGGGGGCUGCGUUGUUGCCGUCGUCUUGCGGGGGACGCGGAGACUCUUUCACACCAUCCAGAUUUGGAUUAAACAACGGACAAAAUUCAGAUUAUCACCUCCGUAAAGCAUCCCGCUGUUCGCCGUCUCGAGUCAACAUGGGGAGCUGUUUAACCGUGGGGCCGAACGAAGCUCUGGUGGUCUCCGGUGGUUGUUGUGGCUCUGAUACAAAGACCUACGCUGUGGGAGGCUGGGCCUGGGCUUGGUGUCUCAUCUCGGACACCCAGAGGAUAACCCUGGAGAUCAUGACUCUGCAGCCCCGAUGUGAGGACGUGGAGACAGCAGAGGGGGUCGCCAUCACUGUCACAGGCGUGGCUCAGGUGAAAGUCAUGACGGAGCACGACUUACUGGCCGUAGCUUGUGAGCAGUUCCUGGGUAAAUCAGUCAUGGAAAUCAAAGCUGUGGUUCUGCAGACUUUGGAGGGACAUCUGCGCUCCAUUCUAGGUACCUUGACUGUGGAGCAGAUCUAUCAGGACAGAGACCAGUUCGCUAAACUGGUGAGGGAGGUAGCGGCUCCCGACGUGGGAAGGAUGGGCAUCGAGAUCCUCAGCUUUACCAUUAAGGAUGUGUACGAUAAACUGGAUUACCUGAGCUCCCUUGGCAAGACCCAGACUGCAGCUGUCCAGAGGGAUGCAGACAUCGGCGUGGCUGAGGCAGAGAGGGAUGCUGGGAUACGGGAAGCAGAGUGUAAGAAGGAGAUGAUGCACGUCAAAUUCCAGGCUGACACCAAGAUGGCCGAUUCCAAACGAGAACUGGAGCUGCAGAAAGCGAAUUUCAAUCAGGAAGUCAACACUAAGAAAGCGGAGGCCCAGCUGGCAUACGAGCUGCAGGCCGCCAAGGAGCAGCAGAAGAUCUGCCUGGAGGAGAUCGAGAUCGAAGUGGUGCAGAGGAAGAAGCAGAUCACCAUCGAGGAGAAGGAGAUAGAGCGGACGGACAAGGAGCUCAUCGCCACCGUCAAGAGGCCCGCGGAGGCCGAGGCCUACAAAAUGCAGCAGCUGGCUGAGGGGCAGAAGACGAAGACGGUGCUGAUAGCCCAGGCUCAGGCAGAAAAGAUCAGGAAGCUGGGCGAGGCGGAGGCUUGCUCCAUCGAAGCCGUGGGCAAGGCGGAGGCUGAGAAGAUGAGACUGAAGGCGGAGGCCUACCAGCAGUACGGAGAGGCAGCUAAGACCGCGCUGGUCCUCGAGGCCCUGCCUAAGAUUGCUUCCAAGGUGGCUGCCCCGUUAGCCAAGACCAAUGAGAUCGUCAUGCUCAGCGGGGAGGGCAGCCGCCUGACCAGCGAGGUCAACCGCCUUUUGGCUGAACUUCCUGUGUCUGUCAAUGCUCUCACGGGAGUGGAUUUGUCAAAGAUGCCGUUGCUGCAGAAGAUGACCGGUGCUCAAGCCUGA